AUGGCUCUAAUUUCUUCCAGUUGCCAUCUCAUUAUUGAAUUCCUAUUGAUGAUCCUGAUCAGGUGCUGCAUACUCUGCUCAGGACAGUAUUUGAAUGCCUCUUUUGUUUUUGGGGAUUCAUUGGUUGAUUCUGGGAAUAACAACUACAUUGUAUCUCUCUCUAAGGCAAAUUACUUACCAAAUGGAAUUGAUUUUUUACCAACUAGGCAUCCUACUGGUCUAUACACUAAUGGAAGAACAAUCGCUGAUAUAUUAGGUCAAGAAUUGUGUUUACCCAGGUUUACACUACCUUAUCUGGCUCCAAGUACUGCAGGAUCUACAGUAUUGAAUGGCGUCAAUUAUGCAUCUGAAGGAGGAGGGAUCCUCAAUGAGACAGGCCAAUUGUUUGGUGGACGCAUCAACUUAGAUGCACAGUUAGAUAACUAUGCUAACACAAGGCAAGAGAUCAUCUCAAGCCUAGGGUUGGCUUCAGCUUUGACACUGCUUCACAAAUCCCUUUUCUCUGUUAUUAUUGGUUCAAACGAUUUCAUCAACAACUACCUCGCUCCAUUGGUCUCGAUACCUCAGAGAGCAACAACGCCUCCAGAAACAUUUAUCAAAGAUCUUAUAUCAAAAUAUAGACUUUAGUUAACGAGAUUAUAUAACCUGGAUGCUAGAAAGAUUGUCGUCUCAAAUGUGGGUCCUAUUGGUUGUGUUCCUUAUCUAAGAGAAAUCAAUCCAUCGGUGGGAGCCAAUUGUGUGUCAUUCCCAAAUCAAUUGGCUCAACGAUUCAAUGAGAGAUUGGAGGACCUUGUUAAGGAGUUGAGCUCAAACCUUGAAGGAUCUCUCUUCGUAUAUGCAAAUGUUUACCCUAUAGUUUUGGACAUUGUUCAAAAUUAUACCAGCUAUGGAUUUGAGGUCUCGGAUUCCGCAUGUUGCUUUGUUUCGGGGAGAUUUGGAGGUCUAUUACCAUGUGGACCGACUUCAAGGGUUUGCCCUGAUCGAUCCAAGUAUGUGUUUUGGGAUCCUUAUCAUCCUUCGGAUGCUGCAAAUGUGACUAUUGCCAAGAGAUUAUAUGAUGGUGGGCAGGAUGAUAUCUUCCCAAUGAAUGUUCGGCAACUUGUUCAAGCUUAAGAGUUUGGAUUCAGAAUUAUUGGUGGUUUUAGGAUGAUUGAUUGAUGAUAAUCCAUGAACAGAAUUGGUCUUCAUAUCUGUAUGUGUUUGUGUACUUUUAGCUAAAUCUGAACGAUGUACAAUGUGUAGCAAGUUAACAUUCAUCCACAGUGCAUCUCUGCAGU